AUGCCCAGAGUCUUCUUGGUGAAGAGGAGGAGCCCCGGAGUCUCGGUCCGCAGUUGGGAUGAGCUCCCGGAUGAGGAAAGGGCAGACACCUACAUCCCAGUGGGCUUGGGCUGCCUGCUCCAGGACCCCCCCGAGGACUGCCGCAGCGACGGCGGCAGCAGCAGCGGCGGCGGCAGCAGCAGCAGCAGCUCCGCGGAGCCGGGGAGCGCCGAGAGCAGCUCGUCGCCGCGCGCGCCCGAGUGUGAAACCCCCGAACCCCACCACGCCGAGAGCCCAGAUGGACCUCUGGCGGCGAAGCAGCGCCCGGUUGCCAGGUCAAAAAUCAAGUUCACUACAGGCACUUGUGGGGACUCGGUGAUUCACAGCUGUGAACUGUGUGGCAAGAACUUCCGCUUACAGCGCAUGCUCAACCGGCACCUCAAAUGCCACAACCAGGUGAAGAGGCACUUGUGCACCUUCUGCGGCAAGGGCUUCAAUGACACCUUUGACCUGAAGAGGCAUGUCCGCACCCACACAGGCAUUCGCCCCUACAAAUGUGAUGUCUGCAACAAGGCCUUCACUCAGCGCUGCUCGCUGGAGUCCCACCUGAAGAAGAUCCAUGGGGUGCAGCAGCAGUAUGCCUACAAGCAGCGCCGAGACAAGCUCUAUGUCUGUGAGGAUUGUGGCUACACAGGCCCCACCCAGGAAGACCUGUACCUGCAUGUGAACAGUGCCCAUCCGGGCAGCACGUUUCUCAAAAAGACAUCCAAAAAACUGGCGGCCCUGUUGCAGAGCAAGCUGACAUCCACACACCAGGAGAGAAUCACUCUGAGCGAGGAGGAGGAAAGGAAGUGAGGACAUGUAGGGGAGGAGAGAUACCAGCCUCACCACCUUUACCUGGAUUUUGGUUGUGAGGGUGUUCCUCCCACCCAACCUUUAUCCCACUGGCUGUUUUUUAAUGACAAGUGUUCAGUUCCCCUGUGUCCUUUCUGGAUGGAGCAGUAGGAUCUCUUCGCAGGUCUUUAGUUACCCUGCCACAUCUGACCCUGUACUGCGUGUCGUGUUGAACUUGGUUGCGUCAACCAAAGUCUGUUUUCUACACUCCAUGUUUUGUGGUUGUUGUUGUUGCUUUGUUUUUAAGUAGAAUUUUCAUACACGGACA